AUUACAAAUUAUUAAUGCAACUGGUAAAGUUUAUACACCGUUAAGCUAAAUUAGCUAGCUAUGUUAAACGUAUUGAAAUGACUUUCUCAAUAAGUACUGUGAUUUGUAGUAAAAACACAUCCAAGAUAAUACUGUAGCUCGAGUGUUUAGCGUUAAUAACACUCUACAGUUUCGUUUUCAGCAGGUCUGAGUAAAGUUCACAUCUCCGCGUCGCUGAUGAAGGGAAAGUUUUGGACGAAAUGCUUUUCUUUUAUUAGUAGCCCCUAGGAUGGUGUCAGUGUCGGUGUCAGUCUCAAACGCAGCCCACAGAAGAUAGAAAGAAACCCGAGACCCGAAAGGGAGAGAGAGAGGGAGGGAGAGAGAGAGGGAGUGAGAGAGAGAGAAAGAGUGUGUGUGUGUGAGAGAGAGAGAGACAGAGAGAGUAAGUGAGUGAGAGAGAGAGAGAGAGAGAGUGAGUGAGAGAGAGAGCGCGUGAGUGAGAGAGAGAGAGAGCGCGUGAGUGAGUGUGUGUGUGAGAGAGAGAUGGAGUGAGAGAGAGAGAGAGAGAGAGUGAGAGGGAGUGAGUGAGAGAGAGAGAAAGUGAGUGAGUGUGUGUGUGAGAGAGAGAUGGAGUGAGAGAGAGAGGGAGAGAGAGUGAGAGAGAGAGAGAGAGAGAUAGCACUGUAAAGUAACAGGGAAACAUGAAGCAGUUCAGAUCCGCUAGUUGUAGUUGUUCAGUAUUUUGGACUCUGUGUUGGUUUUAGGCUUCAGGAAAAAAAAAGGGAGAAAAAAAAGGCUGAAGUUUGCAAACUUUUCUCUCGCGUGGAUUUAAAGCCGGAUCGAUUCCCUCAGGAACGCUUGUAUACAGUACACUGGGAAGAAAUGACGUUUCUCCAGGACUUUGGUGCAACACAUUACAAAUGAAAAGCUGCAUCAGACACCUCAACCACAGAAGGGCUUUGCUUUACCUCUUUUCGUCAAUAUUGAUAUUCUGUGCUCUGAUCAGAUAUGUAAGGAUUACCAAUGAUAAUAACAUCAUCAAAUCCAGACAAGUCAGAGGGCAAACAGAUACGCAGUGGCGUCUUACUGAACAACAUGGAAUCAACUGUUUGGAUAUUUACAACAUGGACCCUGUUGCUUUGGGCAAGUCUUUGGAACUCAGAAGGAAAGUCCCUCCCAUUCCAGCCGACAAGAGCGUCGUGAAUGCAACUUUGGACUGUGGACAAUUCUUGGCAUCAAGAGGUUACAAUGUCCAGAUAUCUGAGCAGGAGAGCGAUUUUCCACUCGCGUUCUCGCUGGUGGUGCACAAAGACGCGCACAUGGUGGAGCGUCUCCUGCGCGCCAUUUAUGCGCCACACAACAUUUACUGCAUCCACUAUGACCUGAAAUCGUCGUCGGAUUUCACAGAAGCCAUACGUGGUCUGGCACACUGCCUUCCCAAUGUAUUCGUGGCUUCACGGUUAGAGGCGGUACAGUACGGCGGCAUCUCACGCCUCCGUGCUGACCUCAACUGCCUUUCUGAUCUCCUAAGCUCCGAGAUCCGCUGGAGAUAUGCCAUUAACCUGUGUGGCCAGGAUUUCCCACUGCGUUCCAAUGCCGAGCUUGUAUUCGAGCUCAAGGCCCUAAAAGGUACGAACAUGCUCGAGACGAUCCGACCCAGCAAAUUAAAACAGCAGCGCUACACGAACCACUUCGAGCUCAAAGACGAGCAAGCGAAGUAUCAUGCUUUUCCAGUCAAAACAGCGCAGAAGAAACAGCCUCCACCUCAUGAUAUCGAGAUCUUCGUGGGCAGCGCUUACUUCGUUCUCUCCCGAGAGUUUGUAAACUUUGUGCACUGGAGUCCUCAGGUAAAAGACUUUCUGGCUUGGUGCGAGGACACGUAUUCACCUGACGAACAUUUCUGGGCCAGCUUGAUUCGCGUCCCUGGAGUCCCCGGUGAGAUCAAAAGGUCUGACCCAGACAUUUCAGACUUGAUGAGCAGAACACGUCUGGUCAAGUGGCAGUACCUGGAGGAGAAGCUUUAUCCGAAAUGCACAGGAGUACACGUACACAGCGUGUGCAUUUAUGGUGCUGCCGAGCUCCGGUGGCUCCUCAACGAUGGGCACUGGUUUGCCAAUAAGUUUGAUCUGAAGGUAGAUCCUGUGGUCAUUGAAUGUCUCGAAAAGAACUUGACCGAGAGACACAGAGCAAUAGUUACACCACAGUAACUGCUUGGGUAUUUACUCAGAGACUAAUUUUCUGUUAAUAAACAAAACAGCUGUUCCUCUACGAACUGGUUCUGCUACACGAACAUUUUUAACAUCAUACGAAUGUGCUGAUUUGUCUGACUCUGGAAAAAAAAAAAAAUGUUUAAGCUGGAGAUUUGGUUCAAGAUUUAUUUAUUUAAUUCAGGAUACUCAAAUGCCUUUGGGACCAUGGUGCCACAUGUAAAGCAAUAUAAGUCUCAGUAUACAAUAGUGCAAAUUAAACAUCAGAUCUAUAAUGCAUUACGGCUGGAUCCGAUCUCAGCAAUGGCACGCGCCAUUUAAAACUCGGCAUAAAGCGUGCGUGGUUUGGUCCAUGACUUAAAAACAAAUGAAAUCCAAGUAUAACAUUUUCAGUGUCCACUCAGAACUGGAAAACGCUGACAGUGAUGUGCCAGUGUGUUGUGUCUAAUCCUGUACUGUUUAUUUUCAUCAGCUGAGAUCCGUUAGCUCCACCAGUGUUCAGUUACUCUGUAGGGCGUGCUCAGACAGUAUGCUCGAAAAGUUUGAGUCAUGUGGGUGUAGUCCUCACUGAACGUGACAAAACGGUAUUUUCACGCUGUUUACGGCACAACAAAUGGGCUGUUGUGGUAUCAAUCCUUCAACGAAAUGCAUGUGCAUUCUGGUCCUUAGCAUUGAAGUUAAUUGAAGAGAACUGUAAAUAAAAUGUAAAUGAAGUAGUGUGCUCUACUGGAUGCACACUGGAUUUAUAUUAUGGGCAAUAAUGCAGUGAGAUACCGAGGCUAUACAGACAAUAUAGUGAACAGGCAAGCAAUCUAGACACAGCAAUAACUUCCAACAACGUAUAAUGCACCGACGGCGUUAUCUCGGCGCUCAGCCGAGAGCACAUCAUUAACGUUAGCCAUAAAUGAUAAAAGCUAAAAUGUUAUUAGGGCGAUUACAAUUUAAAUCUAUCUGAAUAUCCCAUAUACACAGUGUGUAUAAAUUCAGUUUCAGCUUUCAGUCAUUAAGAACACACUGUUUUGGAGUUAAUAAAGGACUGCUGCUUGAAAACAUGAGCAGUUCCUGGCAGAUCGUAAACUUUUGUAUGUGACUGUGUAACUGUAUAUGAAUGUAUGUGACUGUAUGUGACUGUGUAACUGUAUGUGACUGUGUAACUGUAUGUGACUGUAUGUGACUGUGUAACUGUAUGUGACUGUAACUGUAUAUGAAUGUAUGUGACUGUAUGUGACUGUGUAACUGUAUGUGACUGUGUAACUGUAUGUGACUGUGUAACUGUAUGUGACUGUAUGUGACUGUGUAACUGUAUGUGACUGUAACUGUAUAUGAAUGUAUGUGACUGUAUGUGACUGUGUAACUGUAUGUGACUGUGUAACUGUAUGUGACUGUAUGUGACUGUGUAACUGUAUGUGACUGUAACUGUAUAUGAAUGUAUGUGACUGUAUGUGACUGUGUAACUGUAUGUGACUGCACGUUAACUGUAUGUGACUGUAACUGUAUAUGAAUGUAUGUGACUGUAUGUGACUGUAACUGUAUGUGACUGUAUGUGACUGUAACUGUAUGUGACUGUGUAACUGUAUGUGACUAACUGUAUAUGAAUGUAUGUGACUGUGUAACUGUACAUGAACUGUAUGUGACUGUAACUGUAUGUGACUGUAUGUGACUGUACGUGAACUGUAUGUGAUUAUGUAUGAGCUGUUUUAUAUACCAGUGUGGAUUUUUCAGAGCUCUUUUUCUAUGCUUUGGUCUUGGUUGUGGCCUUUUUUUCUCAGCGUUUCUGUUCAUAAACUGUUUUAUGUGUGGUGA